AGUCAUGCGCGAACCUUCUCAAUUCUGCUACAACUUGUGCUAGAGGGAAGCAAGAGAAUUGCUCUCUGAAAUACGUGUAUGCUUGAUUUUCUUGCCUAGAUUUGGGCAAGAUUGGUCUACAGGAUGGCAGAGUAUUGGUUGAUUUCUGCUCCGGGUGAUAAAACCCCACAGCAGACUUACACAAACCUGAAAAGCAGAAUGACUGGACUUACGCCAGUGUUUUCUCUACAGCUUCCAGAGCUCAAGGUUGGAACUUUGGAUACACUUGUGGGGUUAUCAGAUGAUUUAGGAAAACUAGAUGGUUUUGUUGAAAGUGUGACACGCAAGUUAGCACACUAUAUGGGUGAUGUACUUGAAGAACAUCAGGACCGAGUAAGGGAAAACCUGCUUGCAAAUGGGCAGGACCUGUCUAACUUUGUAACAAAGUUCCAGUGGGAUACUGCAAAAUACCCCACCAAACAAUCACUGAGGAACUUAACAGAGAUUAUAAGCAAGCAAAUAACACAGAUUGAACAUGACCUGAAGAGCAAAGCAUCUGCUUACAAUGCCAUCCGUGGAACCUUGGCUUCACUGGAAAGAAAAGCUACGGGAAGCUUGUUAACAAGAAAUUUAGGUGACUUGGUGAAGAAGGAAGAUUUUGUUUUGGACUCAGAAUAUCUUACCACACAGUUAGUGGUUGUUCCCAAGGCCCUUACCUCUGAAUGGGAGAGAGUUUAUUGGAAAAUUACAGAUAUGGUUGUUCCGGAAUCCUCAAAGCAGGUUUAUGAAGACAAUGAUCAUGGGCUGUACACUGUCACUCUGUUCAAGAAAGUUGUAGAUGAAUUUAAACUUCAUGCAAGAGACAAAAAAUUUUUAGUUCGAGAAUUUGUGUAUGAUGAACAAGCUCUUGAAGCAGGAAAAAACGAAAUCACAAAACUGGAAUCAGACAAGAAGAAGCAGUUUGGUCCGCUUGUGAGGUGGCUCAGAGUUAACUUCAGUGACUCUUUCAUUGCGUGGAUUCACGUUAAGGCCCUUCGUGUGUUUGUGGAGUCAGUUUUAAGAUAUGGUUUGCCCGUGAACUUCCAGGCUAUGUUACUACAGCCAUCAAAGAAGACAUGCAAGAAGAUAAAGGAUAUGUUGGACACAUGUUAUCAACAUCUUGAUAACCAAGGAUUCAGUUCCAGCAUGUAUGACGCCAAUAGUCUUGAGAUCCCAGGUCUCAGCCUUGCGCAUCAGGAGUAUUAUCCAUACGUGUUUUAUCAAAUUAAAUUAGAUCUUAUUGAACGGUAAAGAUCGUCAGCCACUAAGAAUUGUUUCAUUUUAUCAAUCUUCAAGAAUAUUGUAAUUUUUGACCGAAUGAAAGCGACAUGGCAAAGGAUCAUCGGGAAUAGUCGGAGAAGUGUCUUUCGAUAAUAUUACUUCCAAAUUUGCCUUUAAAAAUUAUGAGAAAAAAUUGAGAUGUAAAUACAAUAUUAGUGUAUGUAGGAGGGUCGCUCUCUACAAGCGAGAUUAUUUACGAUGAAAAUGACUUCCCAUGUGUACA